UCCUGAAGAUAAUACAAUGCGAAAAUUUUGAUUUUUAUGGGAGCGAGUUGAUAGAAGAUCCGAAGGCAUUCAAGAAAAUAAGGAAGGUCAAACUUGAUUGCUGUGUGGGAAUUCCUACAGAGUUUAUGAAAGUUUUGCUACAAAGAGCCGGAGAAAAUUUGAGAGACCUGAAGGUAAAUGGCUUGCCGUGCUUUGCGGAGAUAUUACAAUGUUGCAUUUUGUAUUGUCACGGGCUAAGAAGUAUUGAGACAACAAUAGAUAAACAACAUUUGGAUUUGUUUAUCGGUCUGCUCAUGGUUUGUAAGGACUUGAGGGAUAUAUCGGUAGAUGAUAUUAAAUAUGAUCCCUUGAAUGCACCAACGCCCGCAAAUUAUAUUAUUGAUGACGACGACGAGUAUUUUAUCAACAGAUAUAGUCAGAGAAAUCCGAGGUCGCAAAUCAUCGAUCACACGGCAACCGAGGAGGGAAAUGAAUUCUUGGAGAAGAUGGCAAAAGUGCUUCCUCCUUAUUUGAAAACUUUUCGUUUCUAUCUUGAUUGGUGGUUCACUCCGAAAGCACUUGAGACAUUUCUGGAGGGAGCGAACUGUGAAAACCUGGAAACCUUGGAUUUCUCGAGGUGUGAGACAUUUUCGGAAAAACAUUUGAAUGUGGUGCUCAAGUAUUGCGGAGGAAGCUUAACGAAGCUGCUCCUAUGUAUCAGCAAGAAUAUAUCGAAGGAAGGAUUGAGCAAAGCAAGGAAAAUGAUCCGCGAGAUAGAGUUUGCGGACGACGAGGAAAAGUUUUGCGACGAGUAUCUGAGAGAAAUUCAAGAUCGUGAAGAAUUGGGUGAUCCAUACUUGGAUUUUGAUCUUGAUCCCUUGAACAGAGUGCUUGAAGAUGAACUUGGAUUCGGUUCACAAUAUGACCUUGAUCUUGACUUGGGAGAGUUGGAUGUCGAAGAUAGUUUCAGUGAUGAAGAAAGCGAAGAUAGCGACGAGGUCAGCAGCUAUGAUCAUUCGGAUGAUGAAGAGUCAGAUGGCGAUUAUUCGGAUGAUGGUUAUUCGGAUGAUGAUUGUUCUGACGAUGACUGUUCUGAUGAUGACUACUCUAUUGACGAGUAG